UGGUGGUGGUGGUGCGCCCUUCGUCCUGCGUGACCCCACGUACCUGGUGGUGGCGCCGAGGCUGGUCCGCGCGGGGCAGGUGUAUCGCGCGGUUGUCAACAUCCUGGAGCCAUCGCCGCCGCUGGUGGUGCGCGCUACCAUCUACAGAGACAACAUCGAACUGGCCGCCGUCGAGCAUGAGUGUGAGAGUGAUUUCCCGCACGCCCUGGAGCUGAUGGUGCCGCCCGGAGCCAGCGGGGGCCGGUACCGUCUGAGGCUGGAGGGGAACGAGAUAGGAAGCCUCACUGGGUCUUCCUUUGUCAACGAAACUGCGCUGUUCUUCUCCCCGCGCGGCGCCACUGUUCUCGUGCAGACCGACAAGCCUAUCUACAAGGAGGGCGAUGUGGUGCUGUUCCGCGUGGUGGCGCUGGACACGGCCGUCAAGAUGGUCGAAGACUCCGUGGACGUGUUCAUUCUCAGCCCCUCCGGCGUGUUGGUGCGGCGGUGGUUGUCUCGGCAGUGUCGCGAAGGCCCCGUGUCCCUGAGCUUCCCCCUGAGCCGUGAGCCGGAGUUCGGGUCGUGGGUCAUCCGCGUCGAGGCAACCAACACCUUCACACAACACGCCUUCACGGUGGAGCCCUUCACGGCGCCACGCUUUGAGGUUCAGGUCAGCGUGCCCCCCUUCCUGGCUGGGGACGCGUCUUACCUGGAGGGCGUGGUCACGGCUAAUUACUCGUCAGGUGCGCCCGUGGCAGGUAACGUGACUGUGCGGGCGUCGGUGCGCGCUGCAGGACUCCACGCCCGCCCCACGCCCACGCCCGACCCCUCCUUGGCCCAGCCCCACGCCCUGGUGAGUGUGCGUGC